AUGCAGUCAUCUUCUCAACCACGUUCGAGUGACGAAGAUCUAGCCGAUGGCGAGGAUGAAAGUUCCUUUCAUCCAGUUAAACGCAAACGCCAUAAAGCCAAAGGAAAGAGGAUAGCUCGUAAUGACGACGGAGAAGAAUGUGAUAAUGAAGAAGCUCUGACCGAAAUGAAGUCGAUUCUAAAGACUUUGCCGCCCGAACUUAAUUUGAAGAAAAAAGCUCGUCGCAUUAAAGGCGUGAAAUCACUUUUCGAAAAAGGAGACGAACGACUAGCAAAGCAACCGCCGCCUGCUAAUGUUCCUGAUUGGGCGUACGUCGAACAAAACACGGCGUACGAUACUGAUUUCGACAACCAAAACACUCUGUCAGACGGAGGUGCCCAGAAUGCUCCAUCUAAUAUAUCUGAUUCGAUUCAUGAGGAGCAAAUGAUUCAAAGAAAGGCUGUGGCUGAAAGCGGUGACGAUUAUGCCCCUUUAACAGACGAAGAUUAUGGCAGUGAAAUGAUAGAAUAG